AUGACACGAUUGGACAACUCGCAAUUCUUAAAACAGUUAAAUGACCUAGUGGUGAAAAACCAAGGCAAAUCAUCUAUAUACCUUACCCAAAAACGAUUAUCGACACCUGAUUUCACAACGACAACAACAGCAUCAAAGAGCUCAAACACACAUGAUUAUAAAGUUCCUAAUGACCUCCCGACCAAUGUUAUUGAAUCCAAUAGUAGAGAAGAAAUACCACACAAUGACGAGACAUACCCUAUUCUUAUCCGUAUAGCAAUGAAUAGCGCCGACAACAAAAAACUCAAAAAGGAAAAGGUAAAACUUUCCACUGUGGUUGAAAUCGCACAGUUGAACCAAUUUUGGACAGAAUAUAUCCAGGUAAUCAAGAACGGGUUUGUUGGAUUGAAAAAGAAAGAGAAGAAGAAUAAGAGCAAAAAGAACAAAGUUUCAAAAUAA